UAAAGGAGAACAGCAUUCAUUUUCCUGUUGCUGUGACGAGCCAACACCCCUCUGCCUGCACACAAAGUGGAAAGCUCCAGCUCGCUCUGGGCUCUGUUGUUGUGCAGAGCUGCAGAAGGCCUGAUAGAUCCAGCCAGAGAGAGAGAGAGAAAGAGAGCGAAGGAAGGAAGGGAGAGACACAUAGAGACAGACACACUGUGGAUCGAGAGCCUGUGUGUGUCGGUAUCGUUACCCGCUUCAACCUGCGACACCAGUGAGGAAGGAGACAAAGGGAAGAGCGAGACACAGAGGUGCUUCAGGGACAGCGGGGGAGAAAGGGAGACAAGGUGAAGGAGGAGAAGGAAGGCAGGAAGGAAAGGAAGGAAGGGAGGAAGGAGGCUGGGGCAUGAGGAGGGGCACUUGACUGACAUUGCUGCUCGUUCUAUCAGCUCUCUCUCUCACACACACACACACAUACACACAUGCAGACAUAGGCAGACACACACAUGCACACUCAGCUGGAUUGUGCCCUGCACAGUUGCUGCUCCUUUUCAUCCGCUGCUGAGCCCUGUCCUCCAUCCUUUCUUCUCCUCUGAGCAAGAGGACAAGAGAGACACAGGAAGAGGAGGAGGAGGAGGAAGAGGAGGGGAGGCAGUAACCCUCUCCUCCUUCGCUGAGACAUACAGCCGAGCGAGACAGGGAGAGAAGAGUCCCCCAAAAAAAUAGAGAGGAAGCAGCUUUCUGUUCCAUUUCGCCGUCUCCUGUGGUCCCUCGGCCAGCGAGCGGCUAACAGGCACCGCUCAUGUCCGUGAACUCGGAGAAAUCCUCGUCCCCUGAAAGGCCUGAGACCCAGCAGAAAGCCCCCGUGAGCGCCCCUCCUCCCCCGCCGCCCCCUCCGCCUCCCCCAGAGCCGGCGGUUCCCCCAGAGCCGGAGGAGGAGAUCCUGGGCUCCGACGAUGAGGAGCAGGAGGAUCCGGCGGACUACUGCAAAGGAGGGUACCAUCCGGUGAAGAUCGGGGAUUUGUUCAACGGGAGGUACCAUGUGAUCAGGAAGCUGGGGUGGGGCCACUUCUCCACCGUAUGGCUGUGCUGGGACAUACAAGUGAAGAACUUUGUGGCGAUGAAGGUGGUGAAGAGCGCCCAGCAUUACACGGAAACGGCGCUGGAUGAGAUUAAGCUGCUGCGAUGUGUGAGGGAGAGCGACCCCGGCGACCCCAACAAGGACAUGGUGGUCCAGCUGAUCGAUGACUUCAAGAUCUCUGGCGUGAACGGCAUACACGUGUGUAUGGUGUUUGAGGUGCUGGGUCACCACCUGCUAAAGUGGAUCAUUAAAUCCAACUACCAAGGUCUGCCACUGCCAUGUGUGAAGAGCAUUAUCAGACAGGUGCUGCAGGGUCUGGACUACCUCCACUCGAAGUGUAAAAUCAUACACACGGACAUCAAGCCGGAGAACAUCCUCAUGUGUGUAGACGAUGCCUUCGUCAGACGCAUGGCGAUGGAGGCGACCGAGUGGCAGAAAGCAGGCGCCCCCCCACCGUCCGGAUCCGCAGUUAGCACAGCCCCCCAGCUCAAACCGGUGAGUACAACAGAUGUGGGGAAGAUUUCCAAAAACAAGAAGAAGAAGCUGAAGAAGAAGCAGAAGCGGCAGGCGGAGCUGCUGGAGCGGCGGAUGCAGGAGAUUGAAGCCCUGGAGAGGGAGGCGGAGAGGAGGGAGGAGCGAGCCAAAGACGGGGCGGAACACGAGGUGCUUGAACACAAGCUGCCUUCACCGCCGCAGCCACCAUCACUGCCACUGGGCCCCAGCAUGGCCCUGGGAGAGAGCGACGAUGACGAGGAGGAGGAGGAGGACGGGGAGGAGGAGGAGGAGGAGGCAGGCGAGAGGGACAGGCCCAUCAGGUUGACUAAUCAUACAUGUGCAUCACCUCCCCAGGAUCAGAGCGAGACGCCGCACGCCGGCGGCGACAACCCCGACGGGGAGGCGGAGGACGACGAGGAGCCCACGCCUGUAGCUGAAAAAGAUGCCCCCAUUCCCCCCACCUCAGAGGAAGGUAGCGGAGAUCCAGCAACAGAAGCAAAGGAAGUGGAAGGAGAGGAGGAAGAGGAGGAGGAGAAGGGAGUGAAACAGACAGAAGAUGAGAAUGAGCAUGGGGAGGCGGAGGAUAAGGAGGAGGAGGAGGAGCAGGAGGAAGGGGCGAAAGAAAAAGAGACUGAAAAGGAGGAGAACGAGACAGAGGAGCCAAAGAAGGAGAGCAAAACAGAGGAGGCGGAGGUGCAAGAGGACCAGUCGAAGGGGCCGGAGGCGGAGGAUGAGGAGGAGGAGGAGGACGACGAGGACGACGACACGACCGCUGACCUCCUCACGGAGAGCACCUCCCCCGUCAAGCCCACCAACAACAAAACCAACUCUGCCAAAACUAACGGCCACGUGUUGUUGGUGUCGGAAGGACCCAAAGCGAACCCCGGCACCCCCCCACCCCCGUCGCCCACCCCGGAGCCUCUGCUGUGCCCCCUGGUGGAGUCGGAGCUCAGCUACACGGACAGGGACAACUCCCUCAGCUCCGGGUAUGAGCUGUAUAACGGCGAGCCGGGGCUCACCAACGGCUCCAGCGAGCGUCACAGGGGUAUGAUGCCCCUCUUCCCCGACCUGCCCCUGGACCCCGAGCCAGGAGACCCCGUUUGUGGUGGAACGGCCGACAUCGGAGCAGGACCCUCACCCAACAGCCCCACAGCUGACCGGAGCCGCACUGUGUCGUCUUCAAGCAUGGGAGACACGCCCAAAGUCAGAGCCAGAGCUGCAGAUCUCCUCAUCAACCCAUUAGACCCGCGCAAUGCCGAGACCAUUAGAGUCAAAAUCGCUGAUCUUGGAAAUGCCUGCUGGGUGCACAAGCACUUUACAGAGGACAUCCAGACCCGACAGUACCGCUCCAUCGAGGUCCUGAUAGGAGCUGGCUACAGCACACCUGCAGACAUCUGGAGUACUGCCUGCAUGGCGUUUGAGCUGGCGACUGGAGAUUACCUGUUUGAGCCCCACUCUGGAGAGGACUACUCCCGGGAUGAGGACCACAUAGCCCACAUCAUAGAGCUGCUGGGCUGUAUUCCGAGGCACUUUGCACUCUCCGGAAAAUAUUCCCGGGAGUUCUUCAACAGACGAGACCACAUCGCUCUGAUCAUGGAGCUCCUUGGGAAGGUCCCACGCAAAGUGGUCGCUGCCGGGAAGUACAGCCGAGAGUUUUUCUCCAAGAAAGGUGAGCUGCGGCAUAUCACCAAGCUAAAGCCCUGGUCGCUGUUCGACGUGCUGGUGGAGAAGUACGGCUGGGCGCACGAAGACGCCGGCCACUUCACCCACUUCCUCCUGCCCAUGCUGGAGAUGGUGCCUGAGAAGAGGGCCUCGGCCAGCGAAUGCCUCAACCACCCCUGGCUCACCUCGUAGCCGCGACCUCUGACCUUUUGUCCUCCUGCCCGUGCUCUCCAACAGCUAGUGCAAGCAUCAUCCCCUGGCGGCAGGUCGCAAAACAACAGCGUGGAGAGAAGAUGGCGGCAAAGACAGUAGAUGAGAAAGUUCCAUCCCAAUCCUAGACAUCUCCCCCAUUAUGUGCUCAUCUGACUAAGCUUGACUCUCCAUCUUUCCCAAAAAGGAAUGUAAAGACAAGUUAAUGGAGAUGUCGCGACAUAGUAGACAUGUCUUCCUAAACAUCUCCCUUAAAGAAUCAGCUCAUUUGAGGACGGAUGCUGCUCACACUGUUUAAAGGGGGAAGUCCGGCUCUGUCUGUAGAACGUGCUGUCUUCUUCUCUGCCAUUCAGACGUCACCAAGCCCCUCGUAUCGAACCACCCAUCGACGCCGAAAUAUCAGUUCAGCUGCUCUGGCUGCAGCUGCUGAUCACUUCGAGAACGUGAACAAAAUAUCAAGCAGAAGUCCAGAGGCGGCGCCGGCAGCCCAGAGCUCCGUCUGCCUCGACCUUCACACAGCCAGGGCCUCAAACACAGACAGAUGUGUGUCAUUAUUUGUCAGCGUUAACGUAUGUGCCUGUACUCAACAUCUGCCUAAAUGGACCCAGUAGCCCUCACCCUGCAGUGGAGAAGGCACCACAUACAGUACGACUGAAGGUUUACGCCUUGAUUUCUUCCCAAAGCCCAGUUUAUUCCCGUUUGGUUCCCACCCCCACCCCCCUGUCUUUCUCCAGAGAGGUGGAGGGCAGCCAGUCCUCAGCAGGGCACCGCUCUGACAGAUUCCACUCGGACACAGACGAGGAGAAAAAGUGCAGGUUGAGCAAAAUACAAGAAAAUUACAAUCAGCUGAAGAUGUAGGAGCUUGGACUAUUUUUAAAAUGCAUGGAGAGACCGGUGGAUGAGCAUGAAAGGACAGGACAAAAAGACCAUGGAUGCAUUAUUUUACUUGUCGCGUGUUUCUUUCCCUGAUUCAUUGCCUCUCAUGGACAUUUAGUUAGAAAGGUUUGCAUUAGGAUAUUUUGGUUCCCACUCUGGGGAAGGUCACUGUGUACAACCCCUCUCCCCUUCAGCCGUUCACAUUCCUAAGUCUUCGUCCUUCUCUGCUGUCAUUCCUGACAUUUAUUCCCAAGAACUAUUCUGUUGAGUCCUGCUGUGGCACGUUUACCUGCUCCCAUCGGUAUAGCCCCCCCCCCCUUUUCCCCUGAGCUUCUCCAGAAAGGGGGAUAGUAGUCACAUGGAGGUUGCACUUGUCUUUGUAGAUGUCCUUCAGGGAUUUGAAACCUUUGUACAUAGAACUGAGAUCCGGCAAUGCCGAUAAACGACCGUGGACAAAGUUUCAACACACAAGCAUCAUUCCAAAAAAUAAAAGUAAAAAAUAAAAAGAUCAGAGGCUGGUGUUGGCAGAACUUGACUUUCUGUAACACAGUGGGAGGAGUGGAGCACCGUGCUCCCUUUGAGGGACGCUAAAAUGGAACUGUGCCCCCUGGUGGCUGGAUGAGAGUACUGCAUUGCCACUCACUGCUGCUGCUCUCGGUGCCAACGCUCCAAUACGUUCCACUGUAUCUCUACACUUAAUCUCUACUUCUGUCUCAUACACACACCGACACCACACACACACACAUGCAUCACCACAAUUAGUCCAGUUGCCUAUUUUCGCAAUAAAUAAAAAAAGAUGAGUAUAAGUAAAUGGUGAGAUAUUUUUUAAAACUAUUUAAUUCAAAUAAAAAAAGCGUAAAAAAAGAAAACAACUUUCUCUGGUUGUUGUGACCGUGACAGAAUUGUCUUUACUGAGGUGAUUGUGUUUGUCUAUUAGAAAUGUUUUUGUUUCCUUUGUCAUUAUUAUUAAUUAUAAUAAUUAUUAUUACCCUUAAAAGGAUUUUUUUACACAGUUGUCACCUCUCCCCUCCCUCCUUACUUGAAUAGUGCUGCUCUGUCUGGGCACUUGAUGGUGAUGAAAAAAAAAAAAAAAACAGUUUUGCAAUAAAGGAUAUGUGAUACAUUUUUUGCACCAAAACCUCCUGAUCUCACUCUUUCAGCCAUGCUGACUGUUCUUCCUGAUGAUAUACACAGAAUUGCGUCUCUUGUCUGUGUUUUUCAUUGACAGAUUUAAUAAAAUUGUAAGUUAAUGGA